AUGAGCUUUAUUAUGGCCGCCGCAAAUCUGCGUGCCUAUAUGUUUAACAUCAACGCGUGCCGUGAUGAGUCCCGGGCAAAAUCCAUACUCGUUAAGGUCAAUGUGCCCGAAUUCGUACCGAAAGAGGAUGUGUUUAUCCCAAUCACAGAUGCGGAACAGGACGUCGACAAUUCAGUGGAAGAUUCUCAGCGGAUGCAAACGAAUCGCACGGCAUUGCAAAAUUCCGUCACCCUCCCAAAAUUUAAGGUUAAUCUGAUCGAAUUUGAGAAAGAUGACGAUACUAAUUUCCACAUAGAUUUCAUCGUUGCCGCCAGCAAUCAGAGAGCUACCUGUUACGGCAUUCCCACGGCGGAUCGAUUAAAAAGUAAACUGAUUGCCGGACGAAUCACGCCGGCCAUCGCAACGGCAACCAGUAUGGUGUGCGGAUUCACAUGCCUCGAGCUAUACAAGAACCUUUUGGAAAGUCAACGUACACGCUUUGGGANUCAGAUUGUACUGCAUAGUCCGAUGUCCCUGGAUGAGCUGAUCAAAUAUUUCAAGGAGCAUCACCAGUUGCAGUUAACAAUGUUACUCUACAAGGGAACAAUAUUGUUCAACGUUUACCUGGACGCAAUGGAAGGCAACAAAAAGUCAUCCUUUUGUUUGGAACGGCUAGUUGAAGAAGGACAAAAGUGUCCCAUUCCAGACUACAUCAAGUCCCUGUACCUUGAAGCGCGUUGUGACGAUGAGGAUGGAGAAGGUUAUGACAGUCCGAAGAUUCGUUACCUUUUGCGAUGCACUCCGACCGCCUCCACGCAUACGGUUUGA